AUGAGAGAAUCAAACUUUGCCUUUCCUUCACAAAAUCGUGCUUCAGUAUGUAUCACUUCAGCACUUUAUGACCGUAGAGCACUUGACUGCACAGCAAUAUUACCAUUGAUAAAUUCCUUAACGCACCUUACAUACUUGACGAGUACUUCCCCGAGAAUUCGUGAAAUACUUACUAUGGAUGGAGGUCUAGAACGCUUGAUUCGUAUUCUCAAAACUACAAAAGUAAACGAUAAACGAAGUGGAUGGAAAUGGACUAUGGCAUUUCAAUGUGUUGCUAAUGUUGGUGUACGUGGUAGCGAAACUAUCAGAACCAGAGUUGUGGAUGCAGGAAUGGUACCGGUUAUUAUAACUGUACUAGACAAUUUUUUAAAAGCACUCAAUCAUGUUCGAUUAGAAAAAGAACAUCAUCAUCAUCAACAACAAAUGCUCGCUGCAGCUCAAUUGCUCACUCAAAAUACACAAAUGAUCCAGUCACCAGCUCCUUCAAUCCCAAUGACUACUACCUCUACUACAACUACAUAUGUUGGAAACUUGGAAAAUAAUGCAAUUACUUCUACAAAUCGAUUUUUACCGAAUGUCACAACAACCUAUGAAAUAAGAUCUUCAGAUGAUGCGAGAUCUGAUGUAGCAUCAUGGGGUUCAGUUGGUGAUAAUGACGAAUCAUCUACAAUUACUGCUGAGAUAGAUGUUUUGUAUCGUGAAGAAGACAUUCUUUUAUCACUUCAAUUACUAGCCUACCUUUCAAAAUAUCCUCAUAUUCGUACAAUCUUUCAUAGUGCUUAUCCUCCUCACAAUGUAUUUUCUCUAGUUGAACGAUUUACUCAUCGGCUUCAUCCUGCUGAAAUCCAAUAUUGGGCUGGCGUUAUUAUGAGAAAUGCAUGUCGUAAAGAUGAAGCUCGCGGCGGUGUUCGUCAAUGUGCUUAUAUGGCAUGUGGGAAAUGGGAAAGUUACGCAAGAGAAUUUGCAAAAUGCAGGAGAUGCCGAAAAGCUAAAUAUUGUUCUAAAGCAUGUCAAUCAAAGGCAUGGAGUGAGGGUCAUAGGUGGUGGUGUAUGGAACGUCAUAGUCAUGCAGAUACUAAUAUAAUACGUAUUUUUGGUGUCUCUCCAACUCCAAUAAUCAAUAAUCAAUCAUUAUAUAAUGUGAAAUCUUUGCUCUUGGAUUCUCUAUCAUCUUUUUAG